AUGAGGGCCGCCGCCCUUCUCAGGGAGCCCGGCUCCUUUCUCCUACGGGCCAGCUCGGGCGGCUGGUGCCGUCGCUUCUGGGUGGCGUCCGGGGAAGCCGCCGCUGCCUCGCCAGGCUCCGGCGCCCGGAGCCCCUUUGACCGACAGCUGAAGCGGAAGCAGAAGAACUGGGCGGCGCUGCGGCCCGAGCCCGCCAAGUACGAUUACCUGAGGGAGGAGGUUGGUGGCAGAGUAGCAGACCGGGUGUUUGACAUAGCCAGAACGUUCCCUCUUGCUUUGGAUGUUGGUUGUGGAAGUGGCUACAUAGCUCAGUAUCUCAACAAGGAAACAGUUGAAAAACUUUUGCAAGUAGAUAUGGCAGAGAAUGCUCUGAAAAAUACUAUGGAAACUGAAAUCCCCACUGUCAGUGUUGUAGCUGAUGAAGAAUUCCUUCCCUUCAAAGAAGACACAUUUGAUCUUGUUGUUAGCAGUUUAAGUUUGCAUUGGGUGAAUGACCUUCCUAGAGCUUUUAGAGAGAUUCAUCAAGUCCUUAAGCCAGAUGGAGUAUUUAUUGGUGCCAUGUUUGGAGGAGAAACUCUGUAUGAACUUCGCUGCUCUUUGCAGCUAGCAGAACUGGAAAGAGAAGGAGGAUUCUCGCCACAUGUAUCUCCCUUCGCUGAUGUCACUGACUUAGGACAUCUGCUGGGAAGAGCUGGCUUUAAUACAUUGACUGUGGAUACUGAUGAAAUUCAAGUCAACUAUCCAGGGAUGUUUGAGGUCAUGGAAGAUUUGCAAGGUAUGGGAGAGAGUAACUGUUCUUGGAAUAGGAAACCUAUCCUACACAGAGAAACCAUGUUGGCAGCUGCGGCAAUAUAUCAAGAAAUGUAUGGAAGUAAUGAUGGUUCAGUACCGGCUACGUUUCAGAUAUAUUACAUGAUAGGCUGGAAAUUCCAAGAGUCUCAGAGAAGAAGAAUGUGCCACGGGUAAUAGGAAAAAUGGGCAUUGCUGGACAGAGAAACUGCAGAUUUGUUUCCCUUCCUAAUGCAUGGACGAGAGACUACAGAUAGAGCACCUAACUUGGGAGGAGGCUGGGAGUUACAGGUGUAGGGAAGAAUAAGUAGGUGCUGCACAGGAUCUUUAUAAGGUGGAAGGCAGGAGAUUGGUCCUGCUGUUUGCUUGUAUAUUUAAAAACUUAAUAAACAAUACUUUAACUUCCUCAUACUAGUCACAUUACAUGAUUUAGCAAUUCAUGUCGCUAACAUUCACCUUACAAACUUAAGAGCAGGGUCUGCUUUAUAAAAUCUUCAGGUAAAAAAGCCUUGUAUAUUGGGUUUUCAAGUGGUAUGGGAGCAAGGAUAUGUUAAUGAACCAGAUCCUGCUUUCAUGGAAGUCGAAGGUAAAACUUUCCCACUUCCUUCCCUGGCUUAAGAUUGAGGUUGCUAGCACCCCUAAUGAAGAAAGUACCAACACAGGAGUUUAUCUCAGCAGAAUCUUCUCUAACUUCUGCAGUAUUACACCAAAAAGGUGAUUAGUGAUGACUUAUUCAUUAAUGGUUUGAGGGGCAGCCAUCCUUGUUGUUUUCGUUCAUUAAUGAACAUUCAGCGUAUAGCCUUUGCCCUGCCUGUGUUUAAUUAACUUGAAGCACGCGAGUAGUCACAUUCAAAUGAUGGGAUAAUGAAGCAUGCACGUAAGUGGUUUUUGGUUCAGGGCUUAAGUAUGUAUAGUGUUAGCAGUAGUGAUAAAGUGCAAAAAAAAAACAGUACUGCAAUAUUAAGCUCUGAGCAUGACACUUCUUGAAAUGGUAAAGGGGCAAAUUCUGCUCUUCUGCCCAAAUUCUAAUUUGGGUGAUUAUAUUUUGCUUACCUAACAUUUCCUCUGAUGUUUCAGCUUCAGGGUGUUCUAGGUUCUGUUAAUGAAGAGAACUGAAAACUUCAAUGGGUUCAAUUUAUCUCUUUUCCUUUAAAAAAGAAAAAUAUACUCCCCAUUAUAAUACUGGUUUACUAGUUUGUGACCUAUAUUUCAGCAUACCCCUGCAAACUAAUACUUUUACUUUUGAAUUUUUAAAUACGAUACAGACAGACACGUCUGUAGUUAGAACUGUAUUAAACUUUCAGUAUUAAUCAUCUCCAUGUUUAGGGUUUAAGUCUUUUAUCUUAGUUCUUUCAAACCACAUUUAGCCAAAAUGUGAUGUGCAAUUUCCCAGGCUAGGUAUAAUUGAGAGCUGUUUAAAUACUUUUUAAAAAAAAUCAGCUGUUGCAAAAUAAAUGCCUUAAAUUCCAAGCAGUUGUUAGGGUGACAAUGUGUCUUUUCUUAUAAGACUAGAUCCUUUACUUAAUGUAUGAAAGCUGCUUUUUUUUAAGUUCAGGCACAAGAUAAAGCAAAAUGCAUGCUGCAAGAUGAUUACUUCCGGCUUUGUCGAAGACUAAAGCAGUCCAAAAUCAAAAUACAAGUGUAAUAAGAACCUCUUAAAGAGGAAAUACAUACAAAGAAGAUCAAGAUCUGACAACUAUGACCGAUAGGCAUGAUUGUGCAGUGUUUUGCACAGAAAACAUGUAGGUAGAGUUUUAUCUAAGCUUACUGGAAUAGGGGAAGAUCAUGGCAUAUGAGGCAUUGCAUUUUAAAUUAGUAACUUAAGCAUAUGACCUCACAUUCCUUGUGCAUCCGAAAUUCUCCUUUAAAGUCAGGGGGAGUUGAUGGCGUACAGGAAAUACAAGGUCAAGCCCUUAGGAAACUGUCAGAGGCUGGGGUGCAAUCCAGACUAGUGAAGACUCACCUCUUACCCUGUAAGUCGGAGUGCCUCACAAUGCAUUGCUACUGUAGCUCUCUGCCCGGAAUGCCCACAGUCAACAACAAGCAUGCACUAUGUCUACAUACUGGGCAGCCCUAGGCCAACAGUUUGGAUCCUGGUGCCUGCCUGCAAUACCACAGACUUCCACUGGUCUCCACCAGACUUGGUUAACAACUGGUAAGGGAUUCCACACUACCCCAGCCCCCAAUUUCCUCAAAAACAUGUGUUCUGAAAUGUUCAGCCCUGUCCUGGAACUAUCAGAGGACUGUCAAUGGUCUUUUUUCCUUCAAAAAGUCAAUAUUCAACAGUUUGUUGCUUUAACUAAGGUUACCAACCAGUUCAAACGUAGUACUGGAUUGGUUUUGAUUAAAAAUAAAAAAGUUUAUUAUAAAGAGAGUGAUUAAGUGAGUACAAGGAUUAAACUCAGAAAUGGUUGCAAGAGAAAUAAAGAUAAAGUGUAUUCUGGUAACUAAACUUAACAAGCGAGACUUGGUUCAAGGUAAAAUCCUCACCACGUUUCCAUCAAGAUUGCUGACCAAACUCCUGAUUCAGGGUCUAUCCUCCAAAAUCAAAAGGCUGGUACCUUCAUCUUCUGAGGUGAAAGAUAACUAGGGGUUUCUUGGCCCCUCUAUUUUAUAGUCCUAUGAACCUUUGAAAUGGAUUCUUCUGAAGGAUACCUCCAGAUAAAAGUGUGUUUGUAGCUUGUGAGGUAGGCAACAAUGCAGACUGUUUUGAAGGAAGUGGCAUGCUACUUCUUCCCUGCUGGAGUAGUUGUCUGCUAAAAUGCAAAUUUUUUAGUUCUUGAUUCCUCCAGUACAAUUGAAUGAAAAUUAGACAUGUGAUUGUCAAUUUCCUUCCCCACUGUGAUAGUGUGAGGUUUGUCUCUCUCUCUUGUUAGUUUUAUGGGUCUGUUCACGCAGUAUGCAAAUAAAUUCUCAUUGUCUUUCAAAGAACUUUGGAAAUAACUCCUCCGUGGGGAACCACAUUCCAUUCUAACAGUGGGGUAAUUCCAGUCUGGCUGACACACUCAUCUUAACAAUGAUAAUUUUAGUUUAUGUCCAUAACUUUCCAUCAAUUGCUUGCACCUACAUUAUGUGGUAGGUGAACCAUGAGCUUUUCUUUGACACUUUGCAUGACGCUUAUCAGGUACAUUUCAUGUCAUUAGAGAAUUAGGGUACACUUGAAUUUGAACUGGUUAACCCAGUUGCAAUUCAUUGCUAUCUAUCAGGAUAUUCCUUGCUGUCUGCCCUUUUUCUUUCCUUUCCAUUUGAGAAGGAAAAGAUCUAUUUGGUAUUCAGUUCAUUUUCUUAUGCUAUUGAAUAUUUUGACCAGUCCAGCAAUCAAGAAGGCUCUGACUAAAUAAAAAUUCUGAUAUAUAGUCUAGACUUUUCCCUCUC